AUGAGUGAUAAUGAAGGCGAUAAUGAGCAUAAUGCUUAUGAAUUUCCAGAAGAACCUAUAUCUUUUGAACUUCUAGAAGAAUCUACAUCUUUUGAACUUCUAGAAGAAUUUGCAUCCUUUGAUUCGAAUUAUAAGGCCAGCAAUAAUGUAUCUAUUAGUUCUAGUAGUGCGGCUCCUCUUUUAGAAGAACAAUCUCCUAAUGGAAUAUACGAUGUGUGUAAAGUCAAGGUGAUGAAUUUAAGUGAUAAAGAAGUUGAGUAUGAUCAUAAAUUUAUUUAUGAUGAUAGUACGAGAAAUAUGUGCAGCCAUCUUCAAAGUAAGCAUGAUCUAUAUGAAAAUCAGAAUAAAAAUCACGAUUAUACUAUUCAACAGACAAUACCUAAGGUCUUUGAACAAGUGAAAGUUAUUAAAAUGCAUAAAGAAUCUUGA